CUUUCCCUACACAUUUUGAUAUUUUUAGGGUACAACAUUUGAAUUUGCAGGACUGAAUCUUCUACAAGUGAUUUAAAGGAAUAUAACAAAGAGCUAUGAACUGAGGCUGAUCUUCUGUUAAUUUACAGGUCACCUAGGAAACACUAGAUUGGAGCAGGGCCAGGAUGGAAGAAAGGAAUUGGAAAAGUCUGUUUGAAGGUGAGGUAGAACGAAUUGCAGAGCCAUAUAAGUGGGAUUUCACAUUGGAUAACAACCUGCAAAAGUUUCAGGGUUCAAGUCCGGGCUGGCUGGAGUACAAAGUGUACACCGUUGGCAGGUUCUGUUGCUCAUUGUGUACGCGAUACUGGGACUCUGCUCACGUGCACCUGUUAUUUCUCAUGAAGAUAGCCAGAGCCAGUCGAUGUGGCACAGUGAAAAUGCGAAUUUUCAAACAGAAAUGUAGAAGCUGCACCCGUGCUGUCAUGGAAAAGCCUGAUAUUUCCCAGGAGAAUAUCACAAUUGUCAUUGGUAAUCUGGUCAACAGGAUCGAGAGCAAAAUCUACUUGAGGAACAAUUAUAAUAAAGACCGAAAACCAGUGGUGUAUGACAAUUACACAGAGGGCCCUCAUGAUAAGGAACACUGCGAGGCAUGCCAGGCAAUAGUUUGUCAUACCUCCAUGGCAGUGCCAGGAAACCUCCGUACUAUAGGCAGGAAUAUUUGUUUAGUAUUUACACUUGCUGUCAUCAUUUUCCCUAUAAUCUUCUGGUUAGAUGUUAAAUACUAAGAAAAAAGCAAUAAUUGAAUACUGAAUAGUAAGCACUCAGCUACUUAAAUCAGACUUUUAAAUUGCUGUAUAGAAAUUAGGCCAAGAACAUGUAAAUAUAUGUUUUGAUCUACUUUGUUAUAGUGUUAUUCCUGUGAUUGUUCCACUGAUACCAGAGGUCUUUAGCCACUCGCAGGCUUUAUGUCUUAUGGUUUGCUGGGCAGUUUCCUUCAGGAAUUCUGGGAGUGGACUUGCCUGUAGGAAAGACAUAACUAAGAAUGCGUACCAGCCUACUGGUAUUACUAUUAAGCUUUGGCAAGGUGAACUUUGAAACAGGAUAGUGGAGGGCAUACUGGGUGGCCAAGAAAAACCCCCUAAUCUCAUGUGAUGUAAUGUUAUUAAAUCAGGCAGUUUCUGAUGCUUGAGUGGCAUUAUUUAAGAAGAAAAAAAAUUGUAAAACAGGAUUCUUUUAUACUCUUUAUUAAAAGCAUGAUUUUGGGAAAAAAAAACCUAUAAUGAUGUUGUAAAUAUGCUAAAUUUAUAUAUAAAACUGUUUUGUGAUAAAAUAAAAAAGACAGAAUACUAAAAAAAA